CCGUUAUCCCAUUUAUGCCAUCGAUUGUACGCACACAUGUAAUAAGUAAACACGCUGCAGUUGCACUUUUUAGAUUUCGUUUUUUUCCCCACUCUUUUGCAAAAUUGAACAGAAUUACAUACAUUCGUCUCAGUUUUGAGUGUAGAAAGUGUAUAAAGAUGCAAUUAAAAAGUGAAACGGAACACACCACGUGCGUUUGGCUAACAUAACCUAACUUAACCUAUACAAUACAUUGAUGAUCGGAGCAAUUCGAGCAAUUGGAGUUCGGAAAUUGUGGAAUUCAGUUCAUACGCAUCGGAUACGCUAUAUGCUCGAUUAUUACGUAAUAUGAUUACAUGAUUAUAUCAUUACGUUAUAUGGUUAUUUUAUUGAUCGAUCCGAAAAAUAAAAUUGAUAUCUGAUGAGAGAUCCUUAUAUCGCAAUGUUUUUUAAACUCUAAAAUGCUGAAUUGAUCAACUUUUUGUGAAUAAGAGAUGCCGCUAAUAUGUGAUCGUGCGAAUUUGUUGAGUAGGUUUAAAGAUUACAUUCACAUACAUAAGAUGUGAAUUGUUGCGUCUGUACAUGUAUGAUGUAUACAGUAUAUGCAGAAAUCGUCGGAAUUGUCGGAAAUGGCGUCCGAUAGACGAAAUACUUUGAAACGAAAAUUGGUCGAUACUGGAAGCGACUCGGACAAUGAAACAGAAAAGACUGCAAAGCAUAUAAAAACGAAAUCAGAAGCGCCUCGAUUGUGUCCAUAUUUGGACACGAUUAAUCGACAAUUUCUAGAUUUUGAUUUUGAAAAAUUGUGUUCUAUAUCAUUAUCUAGGAUUAAUGUGUACGCUUGUCUGGUUUGUGGAAAAUAUUUUCAAGGCAGAGGCACUAAUACUCAUGCUUACACACAUAGCGUGGCAGAGAGUCAUCAUGUUUUUCUUAAUUUGCACACACUCAAAUUUUAUUGUUUACCAGAUAAUUACGAGAUAGUAGAUUCGUCUCUGGAUGAUAUUAAAUACGUGUUAAAUCCAACUUUCGAUAAAAUGCAAAUAGCUCAACUAGACAAGAGCGAUAAACAGUCUAGAGCAAUCGAUGGCUCUAUGUAUUCACCAGGAAUAGUAGGAAUGAAUAACAUAAAAGCAAAUGAUUACUGCAAUGUCAUUUUACAAGCGCUUUCGCAUGUUACACCUCUGAGAGAUUUCUUUUUAAGAGAAUCUAACUAUGCUCAUGUAAGGAGACCACCUGGUGAUUCAUCGUAUCUCUUGGUACAAAGGUUUGGAGAACUUAUGCGCAAAUUAUGGAACCCACGUAAUUUUAAAGCGCAUGUAAGCCCACACGAAAUGCUGCAAGCGGUAGUUUUGUGGAGCAAGAAAAGGUUUCAGUUUACAGAGCAAGGCGAUCCUGUUGAUUUUUUAUCAUGGUUCUUAAAUGCUCUCCAUCUGGCAUUAAACGGUACAAAAAAGCGUGAUUCUAGCAUUAUUUAUAAAACAUUUUUGGGCCAUAUGCGAAUAUAUACGCGAAAAAUACCACCAUUGGAAUUAGAGGAGAGCCAAAGAAGUGAAUUGUUACACACGGUGGAGUAUGGUGAAACUGUGACGGAAAGUCCAUUUUUAUAUCUCACUUGCGACCUUCCGCCACCUCCACUAUUUAAAGAUCAAUUUACAGAGAAUAUUAUUCCACAGGUAAAUCUGUAUACGCUCCUGAAUAAAUUUAACGCCGUCACUGAGAAAGAAUAUAAAACUUACAAGGAAAAUUUCAUGAAAAGAUUUGAGAUUACUGAACUACCACCAUAUCUCAUACUUUACAUAAAAAGAUUCACAAAAAAUACAUUCUUUGUUGAAAAAAAUCCAACAAUUGUGAAUUUUCCUGUUAAAAAUGUCGAUUUUGGAGAUAUUUUAACAUCGGAAGUAAAAGCCAAGCAUCCAUAUACAACAUAUGACUUAGUAGCCAAUAUAGUACAUGAUGGUGAACCUGGACAAGGUACAUAUAGAGUUCAUAUUUUGCAUAAAGCCACAGGCCAAUGGUACGAAUUGCAAGAUUUGCACGUCACUCAAAUUUUACCCCAAAUGAUCACUCUUACCGAAGCAUAUGUACAGAUUUAUGAAUUGAGGAAAGACACGUACAUGGAAAACGGAGAUAGUAAAAAUAAAAAAGCUAUGUGAUAAAAAGCUAUGUUUGAACAAAA